UCUCUGUUUCGUCCAAAAGAGGGAGUCAAGUUUCUUAUACAGCAGUUUUUACCCGCUUUCACAACACAACUCCGGAGCGCGUUGACCGGAGAGAGAAAAAGGGGGGUGAGAAAUAUUUCUUGACAACGACUGUUUUCUCUCACAGUGGCUACGGAGACUCAUAGGCGCAUAGCCUGUCUGCUGUGGGAGCGUCAGUCUGUGGGUCAGUUUGCCCUUGAGCCCUCACCUCGCAACUUUGCUGUCUGUUUGCUGCAGCAGAGGAGCAAGCGGGUUCAUGAUCUCCAGGGAGCUCCCAUUUUUUCCACACCUGGAUUAGCCCAAGGCGACGUUUUCUUUUUCUUCUUCUUCUCGUUGUCGUUGUUGUUGACUUUUUGUUUUGCUGUUAACUUUUGCAACGAAGAAAAGGAAAAUGUUGUGGAAACUAGCCGACAACGUAAAAUAUGAAGAUGACUGCGAGGAAAGGCAUGAUGGCAACAGCAAUGGGAACCCCCGGCUGCCUCACCUUCCAGCGGUCAGUCAGCACCUCUACAGCCCAUCUCCUUCCCUCUCCCACUCAGCUGGUUCAGACUUCCAGCCUCCUUACUUUCCACCUCCGUACCAGCCCAUCUCCUACCCCCAGUCCACCGACCCUUACUCGCAUCUCGGAGACCCGUUCAACAUCAACUCCAUACACCAGUCGCCUUCGUCGAACCAGCAGCAGCCCUCCUGGCCAGGCCGGCAGGGCCAGGAUGGACUCGGCAGGAGCGGACUGGCGAGUCAAAUCUUGGGCCUGGAGGGAGGCUCCUCCGGGGUGAGAAGAGAGGGAUUCCGGCGGCCGGAGCUGCUGCCCCCUCACAGCAUGGACUCUUCAGUUAUCGGCGAUAAUAUGGGGAUUCAUGACAUGGGCCCAGGACUGGAAGACGUUCAGCAUGUAGAUGACCACAGUAUUAUUAUGGCAGAUCAGACAGUUAUCAAAAAAGUAUUAGGACUACGAGGUGGCAGGAACCUUGAUCGCAUACAGAGGACUUAUUAUCAGGGGGGCUUUCUUGCUGGCCCUGUCACACUACCCAAAGGCAACACGCUGGGCCUUCCCUUCCAGAAAGAGUCACUCCUGGGCAUGGUAUCCAACCCCACAGAAGUGUUCUGCUCCGUACCGGGUCGCCUUUCAUUGCUGAGCUCCACAUCCAAGUACAAAGUUACUGUGGCUGAAGUCCAGAGACGUUUGUCACCCCCGGAGUGCCUGAACGCAUCGCUUCUGGGAGGAGUUUUACGCAGAGCCAAGUCGAAAAACGGAGGUCGUUCUCUGAGAGAGAAGCUGGAUAAAAUUGGGCUUAACCUGCCUGCAGGAAGAAGGAAGGCGGCCAAUGUAACUCUACUUACCUCGCUUGUAGAAGGUGAAGCCGUUCACUUAGCAAGAGACUUUGGUUACGUGUGCGAGACCGAGUUUCCCGCAAAGGCGAUAGCGGAAUACUUGGGCAGGCCCCACGUGGAGCGCAACGAGGUCAACUCUCGCAAGAACAUGCUCCUCGCUGCUAAGCAAAUCUGCAAAGAAUUUACUGACCUACUCACACAGGACCGGUCACCGUUGGGAAACUCGAGGCCGGCGCCCAUCUUGGAGCCCGGAAUCCAGGGCUGCCUGACUCAUUUCAGCCUCAUCACUCAUGGAUUCGGUUCUCCGGCCAUCUGCGCCGCGAUGACCUCGCUCCAGAACUACCUAAAUGAAGCGCUGAAACAAGUGGACAAGAUGUACUUGAGCUCUGGCAGUGAAACCCAGGGAUCCUCGGAGAGCGGGAGCAAGUCCGCCGACAAAAUGGACAAGCACAGGAAAUGAGAGCUCAAAAGGAGAAAGCAGGAAUUUCAGAAUCUCAGAAUACACCCAGUCUUGCUGCCCUCUCCCUGUUUUGAACUUUUUGAAACUUAUCUUUAGUAUUACCAUUUUGAGAGCUUAUUUUGUAUGUGGGUGUAUGUGUGUGUGCUUCCACUGUAAACGUGUAUUUCUACAUGGCUGUGGAUUUGUAACAGUCGCCUACGAGACAGUAAGUGUUGACAUCGAAUAGGGAAUUCUGUGGACUUUUCGUUUUUUUUUUUUUUUUUUCUCCUUUGGAGCUGCUUCUGUGAUGGUCACCAGUACCAUUACAUAAUAGCAAUGCAGUUUCAUGAAAGUCCGACUAUGCUACGAAAUAAAGACCCUUUUUGAAGACGAAGAAGAAGAGGGGUAAACAAGUACAUUCAGUUUUUAUUUUUUUUAUUCUCCUAGUGGACAUCAUUUCAAGAUGCAUUGCAAUGGCUGUGAAUUCCUCUCAGCUUCCCUCUUUCUCCUGUGUCUGGAGGCAAAUUCACUGAUUUCCUGUGUCUCAAUGGACCUGCAAAGGACAAUCUGUAAGUGUGUGUGUGACAGAGAGAGAGAGAGAGAGGAGAAAUAUACCCUGUUAUCUUUGUUUUCUCUUCUUUUGUACAACCAGUCCUGAUUGACUGUAGUCUUGUUCUGCGUUGUGUAAUGGGAGAAAUUUUGAGUCAGACGAUCAUUUUUUUGAGUCAUUGCUUGCUCACAAACCAGGUCUACAAAGAUGCUGCAAAAAACGCCUUGUCAGUGUUCGUGUGGAUUACAAGCAUUGCUGCAAUUCUGUUGUCACUGAGAACGCCGUAUCGUUUUCGAAACAAGGUGUUCUCCAUCCUUAGUGUUUGAAAGCCUAAGUUACCAUCAGCCGACCAACAUGCUCAGUCCUACUACAGUGUGUGUGUGUGUGUGUGUGUGUGUGUGUGUCGUAAGAAUGUGUGUAAUUGUACAUAUUUCUUUCUCUGAAAAGGUUUUUAACUAGACAUUAAAUUCAAAAUGUCAAAACAUAGAAUUUUAUUCAGUUUGUUGUCCUGGAAUGUAAAUAUACAUUUUUUUUUUUAAUUUAUGUUGUAAUUUAAUGGGUUUGUGUAAAUAGUAGCAUCCUUCAGGUGUAUGGUUUAACUUUUUUAUCAGGACGUGUUAGCAAGUUUCUUAAAUGGGUUAGUUUUUAUCAGAUAGAGGUUAGGAAGUGGGCAUGAUAUUUUUUUUUUAUAUAAAAUGUAACAAAACUGUUCCAGGAUCAAAUACAAAUAAAAAAAAUGAAAGCCUCAAUCCAGAUGCAGUGUGCAAAUAAUGUUGCCCAGAUCACAGAAACCCAUUUUCCUUUUUUUAUGACCUAGUUUUUUCAACAAUAUUUCACCGAAAAUGGUUAAGUCAUGUGUUGGAAGAUCUGUUGAUAAACAGCAAAAGAAAAUUCCCCCCACUAAACUAA